AUGUGAGAAGGAAAGUGGAGAGAGGGAUGGACAGUAAUCAAAGCGAUAAAAAAAAAUUAUAUAAAAAAAAGGGAUUAGACACUUUUUUUUUCCUGCGAAUGAUUUUAAAAAUUAAAAAAAGACUAAUACUUUGAAGUUGAAGGACUGUACACUUUUAAGUUUUGAUUUUCCGAUUUGUUCUCGUUGGUGGACUCUCUCUAUUCAACUGCAAAGUUGGAAACAGCGGUUAGUUUCUGGAGCUCACGGUUUGUCCGGUUGCCCAUGGGGGAAAUGCUACAACCCUAGGGAAAAGGAGGAGAAAGGCUCCAUAUCUAACUUUGAAGUGAGAGGAUUCUGCUAUCGUUUUGUUUUUUCCUCAUCUUAUGGGUCGGAGCAGCUUUGAGGGACGCUUGAAAGCAAGAUGAUCGAUCAGUUCAUUAAUUUUGUCAUUCGCCCUCCCAGAUGGUGCCCAGAAUUGUCCUUAUGCUUGAGAUUGUGGCCAGAUAUAAGUGGUAUCAUGUGGCAUAUGAUUUGGAAUAGGGCAGAGUAUAACCCGGAUCAAUAUCUUUGGGAGAGGGAUUUCACUCUUGCAGGCAGAACAUACAUACGACAAGACUUGGAGCUCACGAAUGCUAGGGGACAUACGUUGCGUUGCAGUCAUUAUCUGCCUUCACCUUUCCCCGAAGACGCUUCUCUUCCUUGUGUUAUAUACUGCCAUGGAAACAGUGGAUGUAGGGCAGAUGCAAAUGAAGCUGCUGUAAUGCUUCUUCCAUCAAAUAUCACCGUUUUUACUCUUGAUUUUUCGGGUUCAGGCUUAUCUGAUGGUGACUAUGUCAGCCUUGGUUGGCAUGAGAGAGAUGACCUCAAGGUUGUGGUUUCAUAUUUAAGAAGCAACAAACAAAUCUCGCGUAUAGGUCUUUGGGGGCGAUCUAUGGGCGCAGUUACAUGCCUUCUUUAUGGAGCAGAAGACCCUUCCAUAGCUGGAAUGGUGUUGGAUAGUGCCUUUUCAAACUUGUAUGUUCUAAUGAUGGAGCUAGUUGAUGUGUACAAGAUCCGUCUUCCUAAAUUUACAGUUAAGAUGGCAGUACAAUACAUGCGUCGGAUAAUUGAGAAGAAGGCAAAGUUCGAUAUCAUGGAUCUUAAUUGCUUGCAGGUUUCAUCCAAAACAUUCAUUCCUGCUUUAUUUGGACAUGCUAAGGAUGACAAAUUUAUCCCAAACCAUCAUUCUGACCUUAUCUACAAGUCUUAUGCGGGGGACAAAAAUAUUAUAUAUUUUGAUGGUGAUCACAACUCUUCUCGGCCCCAAUUUUAUUAUGAUUCAGUUUCCAUUUUCUUCUACAAUGUUCUUCAUCCCCCGCAAAUUUCUUCUCAUUCAUGUAAGCUUGAGAAAUAUUAUGAUUUAGGGGAUUUGAAGAUUGGUGCUGGUUUGGAUGAGGGCUUGUUAUAUGAGAUAAUCACUGGCGUUCAUUCUGCGGGUACUGAUGUUGCAAGUUCAUCUUCUGCUCCUCCUGCCAUUUCAACUACAAAAUGUGUGGGCGAACUUCUUUCUGAAAUUGCACCAGUGACUACUGUAGUUGAUUCUGUGCAUGAGGAAGCUGACAUACUUAGUAGUCAUGAACCAUCACAUCUAGAGGACCAGCCUAAUGAUCAGAAUGAAGAAUGUUGUUCAUAUACAAGCUCAAAUAGAGAGAGUUGGGGCAGAUGCUCUUCAUUAGGAGGCAGUGAUGAAGAAUCUUCUGCUGAUUGCACAGCUGCUGACAGCAGGCAUCAGAAGACUCUUAAGGUGCUCACGAUGCCUCUUCGAUGCAUGCAACAAAAAUCAUCAGAGCUAAAAAAGGAGGAAAAGAAAAAGAAGAAAGUUCCCAUUGUUCCAAAGAAGCCCAAAAGUGAGAAAUUUGAAAAGUUAGAGGCCCUUAGCAAACGGCUGCGUCUUUGCAUCCUUAAGCGAGUAAACCAUUGUAGACAUCCCACUUCAUGACUGCUGUACUAUAAAAAAAAAGUGUUUGUAGCUAUAGUUGUUUCCAUCUUCAAGUUCUACUUUUUGUUGAUGUAUACCCCAACCUUGUCAUCAUUUUUUCUUUUUCUUGUUAUAAAUCAUUAGUCCUGUUCUAUUUUCUGUCUCGCAUGAGGUUUCAUGAAGAUCUAACUUGUCGAUGAUGCCCUCUGUCUUCCCACUCAUUUGUGAUACAUUGAUAAGUAAAAAUUGCAGACAGCUUGGUAAA